AUGAGUGAAUCUAUAUAUCCUUAUCCUGAUUCAGCGAUUCACAAAAAAUUAUUACCUAUGGUGACGUAUCAUCACCUUCCAAUAAAUCAAAAUACAGCUAUUUUAGGAACAAUUUACGAUUGA